AGUUGCAGCGGAUUUGACCGACUUCCUCGAAACUCUUACCAGCUAUAAAUGCGUCUGCACUCCGAAUGCCCGCAGACUACAAGCAAACGAAAACCCAAAACUCAUCAUCCUCUGGUCUGUCACUCUCCCGGAAGAAGUACAACAACAACUUGAACUACUCGAACAAGUUCAGAUAAUUGAAUGGCCACUCAUUUUAUUCCCUCUGGAAACCCAAUUCCCAGUUCACCGGCAUCAAGCAUCCACACAAGAGUUGAGAAGGAAUGGCUUGGGAAUAUUUCCCUGAAGGCAAAGCCAAUGUAUCUGAGGCUUUCAAAUGGCCAUAGAGCAAGAGCCGCUUUAAGCGCUGAUCCAAAAUCAGUUGAAAUUCCCCGUCAGUGGUACAAUCUGAUCGCAGAUCUUCCAGUGAAACCCCCUCCUCCAUUGCACCCUAAGUCUUUCAAGCCAGUCAAACCCGAAGAUUUGUCUCCCCUGUUUCCUGAUGAGUUGAUUAAGCAGGAGGUGAGCAAUGACAAGUUCAUAGACAUCCCAGAUGAAGUUCUUGAUGUGUACAGGCUUUGGCGCCCAACCCCUCUGAUCAGAGCCAAGAGGUUGGAGAAGCUUCUCAAUACGCCUGCCAGAAUUUACUACAAGUAUGAAGGUGUCAGCCCUGCUGGAUCACACAAACCCAACACUGCAGUUCCACAAGUCUGGUAUAAUGCUCAGCAAGGCAUCAAGAAUGUCGUGACAGAAACUGGCGCUGGUCAAUGGGGAUGUUCAUUGGCCUUUGCAUGCAGCUUGUUUGGUCUUGGCUGCGAGGUGUGGCAAGUCCGUGCUUCUUAUGAUCAGAAACCAUAUCGAAAAUUGAUGAUGCAAACCUGGGGUGCAAAAGUACACCCAUCUCCAUCUACUGUUACUGAGGCAGGUAGGAAAAUUCUUCAAAUGGAUCCAUCAAGCCCUGGAAGUCUAGGAAUAGCCAUUUCAGAAGCUGUGGAGGUUGCGGCUAUGAAUGCUGAUACCAAAUACUGCCUAGGGAGUGUUCUCAAUCAUGUUUUGCUCCACCAGACUGUUAUUGGCGAGGAAUGUCUCAAACAAAUGGAGGCUAUUGGUGAAACCCCAGAUCUUAUAAUAGGGUGUACUGGUGGUGGGUCCAAUUUUGCAGGGCUCAGUUUUCCGUUCAUCCGAGAAAAACUCAAUGGGAAAAUCAACCCCAUUAUAAGAGCAGUUGAGCCUACAGCAUGUCCUUCAUUGACCAAAGGUGUUUAUGCAUAUGAUUAUGGUGAUACAGCAGGGAUGACUCCAUUGAUGAAGAUGCAUACACUUGGUCAUGACUUCAUUCCAGACCCAAUUCAUGCUGGGGGAUUGCGAUACCAUGGAAUGGCACCUCUAAUUUCACAUGUCUAUGAAUUGGGUUUUAUGGAAGCUAUUGCGAUUCCCCAGAUAGAGUGCUUUCAAGGUGCCAUACAAUUUGCGAGGUCUGAAGGGUUGAUACCAGCCCCAGAGCCAACUCAUGCUAUAGCUGCCACCAUUAGGGAAGCUCUUCGAUGUAGAGAGACUGGGGAAGCAAAGGUUAUUCUCACAGCUAUGUGUGGACAUGGCCAUUUUGACCUGCCAGCUUAUGAGAAGUAUUUACAAGGGAACAUGGUUGACCUGUCAUUUUCAGAGGAGAAGAUCGAAGCAUCACUUGCCAAAAUUCCUCGAGUGAGAAAUUCUUUUUCUCCUUGAUUUCUAUUGCCUAAGGACAUGCUCUUCACUGCAUUCUAUGUAUCAGACACAAUCGAUGUCUAAACAUUGGUGAAUCAGAAUCAGGGCUGACUUGAGAGGAAACAACAAAACAAAGUCAGUUGUUGAACUUAUCAGAGCGAAAAAAGAGUUGUUGGUGUCAAUAAAGAAAAGUUCGGCAGUGUUUAUGAGGUGAA